AGAUCUUAACCAAAGACUCGGUAACUGUGAGCGUAGAUGGUGUCUCAUAUUUUCACGUGGUCAACCCUUUACAUUGCUUCCUCAACGUUGAAUCCUACAAAAAAAAUGUCGUAUUACCAGUAGAGUUACAAAGAGCGAUGGCUGCAGAAGCAGAAGCCACUCGUCUUGCAAAAGCUAAAAUUAUCGAAGCUGAAGGAGAAAUAAAAGCGGCAGAAAAUCUUCAAGAAGCGUCAAAAAUAAUGGCUGAACAUCCGCAAACUAUGCUUGUAAAUCUUAAUUUGUUAUUUCUCCUAAAACAUAAUUAGUUUCAUAAUACCAGUGAGCAAGCCAGAUACAAUAUAUACUAAUGGAAAGACGGAAUAGACAGAGGCCACAGUGACUUAAAUUGAUCAAAACCCAACAUAUUAUUAAACUCCAUACCAUUUUCUUUACAGCUAAGAUACUUGCAAACCCUUAAUUUCAUCGCAUCACAGCAACAUACGACGAUAUUUUUUCCUUUUCCUCUGGAAAUUCCAAACAGCUUUUCUCGGUAAUUUUAAAGCUAUCAAACUUUUCUUAUUAAAAUAUUCUACAUUCUCUAUGUUUUACAUCAUAUUAUUCUGACAUCAACAUCAAACCCUAAAUAAAUUUUAUCAUCUUUGGUUCGAAUCAUAUUUUGAUAUUUUAUUUUCCCACAAAUUUCAUAAUUUCCAUAAUUUUUUUAAUACAAAAAAUGUCUCGCAAUAUUGGUGAUGACAACAUUGUUUCUGAAGAACACACGAAAACUGUAAAGACGGCCGAAAGAGCAGAGAACCAGCAAAUUGAAAAUACCCCGUCAGCUAAAUCUUAUAUGAGAAGUCAAAGAAUGCAAGAUACAGGCGACACCAAGUGUAUUGAAAAUUUUCUAACAUUUUUCUCAGUAAUAAUUAUAAUUCUUACAUUACCAUUUUCUUUGCUGUUUGUUUUGGUGACGGUUCGUCAAUUUGAACGUGCUGUGAUUCUCCGCAAUGGAAAGGUGCUAAAAAAUCGUGCAUAUGGACCUGGAUUGAUGUUUUACCUUCCCUGUGUUGACUCGCUUCGAUAUACAGAUCUCCGAAUUAUUUGUUAUGCUGUGGAACCUCAAGAGUUAAGUCAUUCUCAUCUUCAGGCAUUAACAAAAGACUCUUUAACAGUAACAGUUGACGCCGUGGUUUACUACAAAAUUUGCGAGCCUGUGUGGGCUAUAAUUAACGUAGCAAAUUACAAGAGUUCGACACAAUUCCUGGCUGCCACUACAUUGAGAAACGCGAUUGGAGCUACGAAGUUGUCAGAUUUAUUAAAAAACCGACCCGCUGUAAGUCUUCAAAUAUUUCACCAAAUGAGGGAUUUCACUCGAGAAUGGGGAAUACAAGUUGUAAGAGUCGAAAUCAAAGAUAUAAGCUUGCCAGUUCAACUACAAAAAGCGAUGGCCGCUGAGGCUGAAUCAUCAAGAUUGGCAAAUGCCAAAAUAAUAGUAGCCAAAGCGGAGAUCGAAUCAACCAAAAACCUUCAGGCGGCUACUGCGAUGCUUUUGGAUAAUCCAUUUACUAUGCAACUUAGAUAUCUUCAAUCUUUGAAUAUGAUCGCUGGUGAUGAAACUCACACCGUCGUUUUUCCAUUCUGUACGGAGACGUUGUGUAAAAUAUUUCAACGAUAAUUUGAG